UUAAACAGUUUUCAGAAAGACUUUAAGUAAAACAAUACUAUACUGACUGUCCCAAAGUAAUUUGUGUGUGUUGUACUUUCCUUUCAUGUCGUUUUUUUCAAGGUGUCCUCAAUAACAUAACAUGAAAUUAAGGUUGGGCUUUUGACAUAAGGGUGGAAACACACCUGACACAACUGACUUAAAGUAACAACAAAAAGACAGCAACUGUGAUAUUUUGCCAACAAAAUGUCGUUAAAGCCACAGCUUCCAAAUGUCUCCGUAGAGACGGAAAAAUACAGUCGGGUUUAUUCAAGGGCGAUUAAAAAUGUGUGCAUGUUUAUACAUAAAACAACAGGAUUUUGGCUUUGCUUAACCUCUGAACCCAAAUCAUAAAUAGAAUGAGUAUUCUGUGAGCUUGCAAUGGACAGGUGAAUCAGAAAGAUGAGUCACAGAUAUAUUUCAUAAUGGUUUCCCGGCACCGCAAGCCCUUCUUCAAAGAGACUGUUUUCAUUGUUCCCAUGACAACUUAAAAAAAAAAAAGGCAUGAUGAAAAUUCAUCGGCUCCUAUUGAGCAUGGCUGUUUCUAUAGCAACAGGAGGAGAGAGACUGGAUGAGUAAGAGGCAGGAGCUACGAGUGUGUGAGAAUGAACAUGUGUGUGUAAGAAAGACAGAAAGAGUACUUAUUGUCUAUCUGAUUUCCUUUUCUGGGAACUCAACAGAAUCCACCUGUUCCUCCUCUAAACCCCACCCCCUUAGCCCAUGCACACACUUUCACACAACUACAUCCAACCCCCCACCCCCCUUCCAUCGGGCAUGCAGCGCUCCUUGGCUUCCCACCAUUUUUGUCAGUGUGUCUUUGCACCUCCUCCCCCCUCCACCAUGGAUUUCCUCUCAGAGAGGGAGCGUGUGGUGUGUAAUCAGAUGACAACGACUGAUAAUCCAGCAAUACACCCACUCUGUCCUGUUCACUUAGAGCGGAGCGAGAGAGCACGGGUGCAGGAGAGGAAAGAAGUAAAGGAGGCGGGAGCUGUCUGGGCAGAAGGGAAGGAGACGAGAGGAGGAAGUGGGAGAAAUUUCACUAUGGAGGAAGAACAACGUCCUACAUCUGAGAUCUACCUCCCAAGCAUCAGUCUUGGAUCUGUUGACGCUGAAACAGUGGAUGACCAUGAGCUGCCAAUAAUUUCUUUAUCAAAAAGCUCAACCGAAAUGGUGAGUGGACCUCCACAAAGAACAGAGCUGGCAUGGUAUCGCCAGAACUUGCGCAAGAGCGUCAGCAGCGCAGCAUGCACUCAAAGACCUGUCAGUCUGGGUGGACCAGCGACAGGAGUUUUUGAACAUGAACAAGGGAGUAUUUGUAGUGGCAACAGCACACCUGAGACUGUAAUCUGGCAUGGAGGAACUGCAGGAUCUUGGAGCGUCAUGGAGGACUCGCCCAGAAGGACUCCAACACAAGAUCUAUUCCUGGGGCAAAAUCAGGUCCACAGUGGUGUGAAGUGUGUACCACACUCUCCAUCCACAAAUAGAGAUUUAAGGAUUAAGGGUUUGGUGUGCAAAGAGGGAUGCUGCCGAUUUUGUGGACCUGCAGAGAACCUGACGGGAUGCAGCUGUUGCAGAGUGGCUUGCCAAAUGAGUUCUUCGGGUCUAAAUAACAGCUACACUCCACAGGGAGUGAAUACAGAAGACCAUGUUCAGAGCAACUGUGAAAGCCAUCAUUUAACUGCAUGCCAUAGAUCUACCUGUUCUGGUCACAUGAUGAACACUGCCUGUUUGAGAAACCCUUGCAGUGUUAUUCCAUGCCCUGGACAUUUCAUAUCACGACCUCCUUGUACAGGAAGCCCCUGUGCAGGACAAAGAUCAUUGCUCCAUUCAGGCUUGCUUGGUUUUCCACCACUUGUGUCCUCAGUCAGUGAGACCAGACUUGACAGCAGAAGUACAGUCCAUUGCUGUGGAUCCGAGUUAAGGGGACAGAACUCCUCCUGCCUCAGACUAGAUCGUAAAGGCCAGACUACUCUUAACAGGACAGUCAAAGAUGCCACUACCAUGACUUCUGACCAUCAGCUCAAAGAUGCUGGUGUGCAGACCAUUUCUAAUUCCCUUGUUUCCUCUCUUUCUCACGUGUUUCCUGAAAUUAGUUUGAGAGCUGAUCCUACCUCAGAAGCACAUUUGACCACAGAGCACAUGUGUCAUAGGACCCCUGUGAAAGAAGUGGAAUGGGAUGCUGAGGGUAUGACCUGGGAGGUGUAUGGUGCAGCUGUGGACCCUGAAGAGCUUGGCUUGGCAAUCCAAAAGCAUCUGGAACUUCAGAUCAAAGAGACGGCAGCCGCUGCAGCUGCGGCUGCUCAAACCGAAGACUCCACAGAUAACAUCAGCAACCUAGCACUGCAGUCCAGGCCUCGGAAGAAAAGCGAAGGCAUUAUAAGAACCCUGCGUAGUUCAGCAUGUUGCUCUAACCCAAGUACUGUGGGCGACUGAAACAAUCAACGUUGGGCCCUAGCUUGCCUUAUUGGUAUGUGGUGCCUGGUUUAGGUGUAAGGAAAAGUACUUUUACCAUAAGGUGGAAAUGCACCCGAACAUACCAGGCUAUUUGUCCUUUAAAUAACAUCUAAAUAUAUAAAAUAUUGUCUGGUUUGUUGAAGUUAUAAAGGCUCAACAGUUGGAAUAAUAGUGCGGUGCAAGCUAAUGUUGCAAAGAGAUACCAUUAAAAGUUUACAGAUUAUGGUGUUCAACCUUCACACAUGGCCUUGUCCCUGUCUUGACUUUUAAAAAACCUUCAAAAUUCUCUUUUUGGCCAAAAACAACACAAUUUUUAAAACCCAAAGUAUAUUUAAAAUAUAUCUGGUUUCACUUGUUAUAUUUAAACAAGCAAACAGCAGGUUAAUGCAAAUUAACUAGUGAGAUAUGACAGAUACUCUAAGACAGGGGUCUCAAACUCAAUUUACCUGGGGGCCGCAGGAGGCAAAGUCUGGGUGAGGCUGGGCCGCAUAAGGGAUUUCACAAAAAAAAAGACCUCAAAUGUCAUUAUUAACAGUUUUAAUUAUUUCUUCUGAACAUGAAGUGUCCUG